AUGAUUCCACUUCCCAGCAAGACCACCCCCCCUACCACGAAGUCGGAGCAGGUGAUCAUCCCUCUGCUCUACUACGUCCAGCGCAUUCAGCGCCUGAUGUACGAGAUCCCCUCCGACGAGGACGCCCUUGAAUUUCUGGAGGACAACUUCAGUCCCGAGACGACCUUUGAAUGGAACUACGAGAAACUCCACUUCGAGGACUUCAAGAACUUUGUCCAGAACUGGCGCACCCGCUACACCUUCCUGGAGUUCAAGUUCUUCGACCCCGUCGCCACCCCGGACCCCAGCGACCCGGAGGGCCGUGGCGGAACGCUCGGGUUCGGCAUGCGGGGCCGCGUGAUCGGGAAGGAUGAUGGCAAGAUCUAUGAGGGGAAGGUUCAUGGGAUCUUCAAGGUGGAAUGGGUGCCGGGGGAGAAUGGGGGUGAGGAUCGUCGUGUGAUUACUCGCAGUACUCAGGUGUUGCAGGGGCCUCACGGCAUGAGUUCUCAGGCGCAUGCAUGUGAGAUCCGGCUCUUUCAUGGUGGACUGGCCGGCUCCUGCCCGGAGCAGCUUCCUGACGACAAGCUGGCGGAGCUUCUGCGCACAGUCCUCGAAGCCCUAAAGGUGGAUUUUCGUGAUACCUUCGACAUCUCGCCGGAGCUGGCGAUCUGA